UCAGUUUUGUGCCACUAGCGACGGCUUGGCUUGAGGGGCUGCACGUGUUCGUUCAGCGACGUCCGGCGAUCGCCAGUAGAAUAUCAGCUUUCAAGGGUCUCCGCACUGGGCUGCUAAAAUGGCUCCCACUGUAAGAAGCAUGCUUGCAGAGCUGGCUAUCUCAUCUGAAGAGUCAAAGGAAAACCAGGCACCUGCUCCACAGAUCCAGAGUUCUGCAAAGGAGGCUAUUACUGCUCCUGUGAAGCCUGUAGCCCAAGCAUCAGCCAAUGUGGAGGACGAGCCUCUCCUGAGAGAAAACCCAAACCGGUUUGUGAUUUUCCCAAUCAAAUACCCAGACAUUUGGAAGAUGUACAAGAAAGCUGAAGCUUCAUUCUGGACAGCAGAAGAGGUGGAUUUGUCCAAGGACCUGGCUGACUGGGAGAGCCUGAAGGACGAUGAACGCUACUUCAUCAAACACGUGCUGGCGUUCUUUGCCGCAUCGGAUGGCAUCGUCAAUGAGAAUCUGGUGGAACGGUUCAGCACAGAAGUGCAGGUGCCAGAGGCCCGGUUCUUCUAUGGCUUCCAGAUCGCCAUGGAGAACGUUCACUCGGAGAUGUAUAGCUUGCUGAUCGACACCUAUGUCAAGGAGCCCUCUGAAAGGGACCACUUGUUCAACGCCAUCGAGACGUUGCCGUGUGUGAAGAAAAAGGCUGAUUGGGCGCUCAACUGGAUCGCGCACGAGACGGCUGGCUUCGGCGAGCGUGUGGUGGCCUUCGCUUCCGUGGAGGGCAUCUUCUUCUCCGGCAGCUUCGCGGCAAUCUUCUGGUUGAAGAAGCGCGGUUUGAUGCCGGGCCUGACCUUCAGCAACGAGUUGAUCUCGCGUGACGAGGGCCUGCACUGCGACUUCGCAUGCCUCAUGUUCAAACACCUGGUGCACAAGCCGUCGCCAGAGCGCGUGACGCAGAUCGUGCGCGAGGCCGUGGCCAUCGAGCAGGAGUUCCUCACCAGCGCGCUGCCUGUCGCCAUGAUCGGCAUGAACUGCACACUCAUGCGGCAGUACAUAGAGUUUGUGGCCGACCGCCUGCUUCUCGAGCUCGGCUGCUCGAAGAUCUACAACGUGGAGAACCCGUUCGACUUCAUGGAACACAUUUCGCUGGAGGGCAAGACCAACUUCUUCGAGAAGCGCGUCGGCGAGUACCAGAAGGCCGGCGUCAUGGACAGCAUCUCCAGCGCCGGAUCGCGGCAGUUCACACUGGACGCUGACUUCUAGAGUCGACCUCCGGCCCAGGAGAACUAUGUUGUCGAUUGGCUCGCCGUGGCCACGUCACGUUGCAUGGGCCAAUUUUGCUUCCACGUGCUUCCGAUGCUUCCGCUCUACCGUAUAUUGGGUAGGGCACUUACCAUCAUGGGCUCAUUUGUGGCACAUGGAUAUGAGCACCACAGUGGCACGCUUACGAUCAUGGGCUCUCCCUGUCCAUUUUACAGUUUGACCAUCACGAACUUGCCGUUUGCCGCUUUCGCGUAUGCAGUACGCUUGUGUAGUCUUCCGUCCCACCCCUUGGUCAUGUCACAGCCUCGGGUCCAGUUGUAGCCGGCUUUCCUCGGCGCCUGGCCGCGGCCGCUCGCCACGCUGUCUUCCGCGCCCGGUGCGUGCUGCGCGACGAACGUUUGCUCAGGACGCCCAGACUGUCGAGCAGCCUACCGGUGGGCGUCGGGGCUCGACGGCGAUCGCCUGAGACGUGUACCUAGCGUCGUCCCGUCGGUAUUAGGGGUCAGAGGUUGUGUGCUUGGCGUGUGCUUUUUUCGUGUCAAUGUUUGAGUUGUACCUGCCUCAGUGCGUGUGCACGUUUGAUCUCUGAGCUGCGCCGACGGGUGUCGUUUUGUCUUAGAUCUACAAGUUGCUCAUGUGCGUUUCAAAUAUUGGCAUUUUAAUGGUUUAUGAUUUGCUGUGCCGAUCGGAUUUCCGCCAGCCUUGCGGCACUGACAGUCUUACACUGGUUCUGCCUGUUUCACUGCUCGUGUCCGCGAGGGGGACAUUGGAGGCGUGGAGCGGGGAGACAUGGACCGUGCAGCCUGUGGGUUGUGCUGGGGCGCUCAGUGGCAGUAUUUGCCUUGACGUGACGCAUGGUGCAGAACUCAUUUCACGACCUCUUUACGAAAUACAUGAUAAAAGGCUAA